CCUUACAUUUCGAAACUUUACGGGAUUUUUGUUCUCCGGCAGAAAGGAGAAGAUGAAUAUGCGACCAUCGACGCCAUCGUCGUCUCCGUGGGAGUGGACGAAGAGACAGUCUAUGCCAAGUCCACUGCCCUGCAGACAUGGCUCUUUGGCUACGAACUCACGGACACAAUCAUGGUUUUCUGUGAGGAUAAGAUCUUCUUCAUGGCCAGCAAGAAGAAGGUGGAGUUCCUGAAGCAAAUUGCCAACAGCAAGAGCAACGAAAGCACCAACGGGGUGCCCGCCAUCACGUUGCUGAUACGAGAGAAGAACGAGAGCAACAAGGCCAACUUUGACAAGAUGAUCGAAGCCCUGAAGAGCAGCAAGAAUGGCAAGCGCAUUGGGGUCUUCAGCAAGGACAAGUUUCCCGGAGAGUUUAUGAACAGUUGGAACGAUGCUCUCAGCAAGGAAGGCUUUGAGAAGGUGGACAUCAGCGCUGUGGUGGCCUACACCAUUGCUGUGAAGGAGGAUGGGGAGAUCGCCCUGAUGCGCAAAGCCGCUGCUAUCACUUCUGAGGUCUUCACCAAGUUCUUGAAGGACCGCGUUAUGGAGAUCGUGGAUGCUGAUGAGAAAGUACGGCACAGCAAGCUGGCAGAGUCCGUAGAGAAGGCCAUUGAGGAGAAGAAGUACCUUUCGGGGGCAGACCCUUCCACUGUGGAGAUGUGCUACCCUCCUAUUAUCCAGAGUGGGGGAAACUAUAAUCUCAAGUUCAGUGUCGUCAGUGAGAAGAGCUACUUGCACUUUGGUACGAUCACGUGCGCCAUGGGCAUCCGCUACAAAUCCUACUGCUCCAAUCUGGUGCGCACCCUCAUGGUCGACCCACCGCAGGAAUCUCAGGACAACUACGCCUUUCUGCUGCAGUUGCAGGAGGAAAUGCUGAAAGAACUGCGGCCUGGCGUGAAGCUGUGUGAGGUGUAUGCCGCUGUCAUGGACAUGGUGAAGAAGCAGAAGCCAGAACUCGUGAACAAAAUCACCAAGAACUUGGGAUUUGCCAUGGGUAUUGAGUUCAGGGAAGGCUCGCUCGUGAUCAACAGCAAAAACCAGUACCGUCUCAAGAAAGGGAUGGUGUUCAGCCUCAACGUGGGACUCUCAGACCUGCUCAACAAAGAAGGAAAGAAGCCAGAGGAAAAAACGUACGCCUUGUUCAUUGGGGACACUGUGUUGGUGGAAGAGGAUGGUCCAGCUACCCUCCUCACUUCCGUCAAGAAGAAAGUCAAGAACGUCACCAUUUUACUCAAGAAGGAAGAUGAGGAGGAAGUGGAAGAAGAAGAUGAUACCGAGGGAAUCCUACUUGGGAGAGGUUCCCGGGCAGCCCUACUUCCAGAAAGAACUCGGAACGAGCUGACUGCAGAAGAGAAGCGCAGGGCGCACCAGAAAGAACUGGCUGCACAGCUCAAUGAGGAGGCCCGCAGGCGCUUGACAGAACAGAAAGGAGAGCAGCAGAUCCAGAAGGCUCGUAAAUCAAAUGUUUCCUACAAAAACCCCUCCUUGAUGCCCAAGGAGCCUCACAUCCGGGAGAUGAAGAUCUACAUCGACAAGAAAUACGAGACGGUCAUCAUGCCUGUCUUUGGAAUUGCCACCCCUUUCCACAUUGCCACCAUUAAGAACAUCAGUAUGUCGGUGGAAGGCGACUAUACCUACCUGAGAAUCAACUUCUACUGCCCGGGCAGUGCUCUGGGUCGCAAUGAGGGAAACAUCUUCCCAAAUCCUGAAGCCACUUUUGUGAAAGAAAUAACGUACCGCGCCUCUAAUCUGAAAACCCCCGGGGAGCAGUCUGUGCCCGCUCUCAACCUCCAGAACGCUUUCCGUAUCAUCAAGGAGGUGCAGAAGCGCUACAAAACCCGUGAGGCUGAGGAGAAAGAGAAGGAGGGGAUUGUCAAACAAGACUCUCUGAUGAUCAACCUGAACCGCAGCAAUCCCAAGCUGAAGGACCUUUACAUCCGCCCCAACAUCGCCCAGAAAAGGAUGCAGGGCUCUCUGGAGGCCCACGUCAAUGGUUUCCGUUUCACUUCUGUGCGGGGGGACAAAGUAGACAUCCUGUACAACAACAUCAAACACGCUGUGUUUCAGCCCUGCGACGGGGAGAUGAUCAUUGUACUGCACUUUCACCUCAAGAACGCCAUUAUGUUCGGCAAGAAGCGCCACACGGACGUGCAGUUUUAUACCGAAGUGGGCGAAAUCACCACCGACCUGGGCAAGCACCAGCACAUGCACGACCGUGAUGACCUCUACGCUGAGCAGAUGGAGCGGGAGAUGAGGCACAAGCUGAAGACGGCCUUCAAGAACUUCAUUGAGAAGGUCGAGUCUCUGACCAAGGAGGAGCUGGAAUUCGAGGUGCCCUUCCGGGAUCUGGGGUUCAACGGCGCCCCCUACAGAAGCACCUGCCUGCUCCAGCCAACCAGCAGUGCCCUCGUGAACUGUACUGAGUGGCCCCCCUUUGUGGUGACGCUGGAUGAGGUGGAGCUGAUUCACUUUGAGCGCGUGCAGUUCCACUUGAAGAACUUCGACAUGGUCAUCGUCUACAAGGACUAUAGCAAAAAAGUCACCAUGAUCAACGCUAUUCCUGUGGCUUCUCUUGACCCCAUCAAGGAGUGGCUCAACUCUUGCGACAUCAAAUACACUGAAGGGGUGCAAUCCCUCAACUGGACCAAAGUCAUGAAAACGAUCAUGGACGACCCGGAAGGCUUUUUUGAGCAAGGCGGGUGGUCGUUCCUCGAGCCCGAAGGAGAGGGAAGCGACGCUGAAUCUGGAGGCUCAGGGUCCGAGAUGGAAGACGAGACUUUCAACCCUUCCGAGGAAGAGGAUGAUGAAGAGGAGGACACCGAUGAGGACUAUUCCUCAGAGGCAGAGGAAACUGAUUACUCCAAGGAAUCCUUGGGCAGCGAAGAGGAGCGAGGCAAAGACUGGGAUGAGCUGGAGGAAGAAGCACGGAAAGCCGACCGCGAAAGCCGAUACGAGGAGGAGGAGGAGCGGAGCCGCACCGUCAGCCGCAAGAGGAAGGGCGGAUCCUCGUCCCAAAGUUCCAGGCACCACCGCAGCUCCCACGGCCGCAGCCCCAGCCGCAGCUCGGCUCCCCCCAAGAAGAAAAGGAAGUAGCCGGCAAACGGCGGUUCUUUCCAUCGGCCCAUCUUUCUCUGGGGAGGCUGUGCAGACCUUGCCCAGCAGCCAACGCUUGGGGUGGGAGGGGGCAGCUGGCCCCCUCCCUACAAACUUUUUCACCUUUCAGACACACACAUACACAACACUUGCCCUCCCCCUCCCUUCCCCCCCCCAUUUUCUCUGGGGAGUUUCUUGUUUUUCUUCCUCGAGUCUUUUUCUGACCAUUUGUAUGGACCAAGCAGACGCGGUGAGAGAAUUCUGGGCUGGGCUCUCGUUUGCGAACCAUGAACACAAAGUCUUUGCUGAAGGAAAGAAGAAGGAUUGGGUUGGGUGCCGUCUUAGAGCUGGGUGAGGCUCAGGCAUUGGGUGUCCCUGAUCAUCCUUCUUCCCUGCCCGUUCCCCUUCACCUGUUUUCUAUGGCCUCUGCCCUCCCACCUUUGAAGAUCUGCUACGGGCUCUGCCCUCCCCCUCUGAAACCUCUCCUUGAUUCCCAGUGGCUCCCCCCCCCCGCACUACUUAGGCCAAUUGGGGGGGCAAGGAGGGGCAUUUUGCCCUCUCACUUAUUCCUGAAUAAGGACAUCUAUUUCAACGAGGCAGAUGCCACAGGGUUGGGUUUUUGUUUUUUGGUGUUUGUUUUUUUAAAUGGUUGGGGCGGUUUCCAUUUUUGUGCCGAUGAAGAAGAGAGAUUGUUGCAUUCUCCUUUCCAAGCCAAACACCUAGUGGUUACAUGGAGCCUCCACUCUGGAACAGUUAUGGAAAGGAAGGCGGCCGUUUCCAUUUAGAUGAAACCAGGGUUGGAAGAGGAAGCAAUCAAGAGAGAGAGAGAGAGGAAUAUUCUUGCUUUUGUCCUUUUAUUAUUUUUCCUUUAAAAAAAAAGCCGAGCUCCGUCUGUAUUUAUCUGUUUUCUCAGUUGCUGAGUCUGGUGGUGAGCAAGUGUUUAGGGUUUGGGGAAAAGGACCGGAGGGUUGAAUGCAUCGCUUAACCUCCCAUCACCCUUGUUUCUGGUGGGUUAGGGGGGUUGUUGGUUCAGGCCAGGUUUGGGUGGGAGAGGCUUUCUCAAACUUCUCUUCCCCCCCUCCCCCGUAGCCGUUAGCACUCAGUAUUUUUGACUUUGGAAAAACUGAUCAAUAAAAAUUUGUUUUUUUAA